AAAUUUGCCAAAAUUAUGUCGAUUGUAUUCAAUUUUUUAUGAUUUCAUUAAAUGAUAGGGUUUUAUGCAAUUUCGCAAAGUUUUAUGUAUAUAUGAAACAAAGUUUCUUUCAAAAACGAGAUUUAGGUUGGAUUUUUACUACAGCUCAAAGUCAGCUGCUUGUGAUUCGUGUUGUUAUUUUUUGUUUAUGUACAGCUUAAACUUUCAAUUACAAUAAAAAUUUGCUCUGGUGAAUAAUUUAAAAAGAACCAUUUUUUCCAAAACAUCGUUAAAAGUGAAACUUCUUAUUGAAAUAAUUUGCAAUUUCGAUUAAAGUGAAUGUGAUUCGAAAUAUGCAACCAUUGGGGAAACAAUUUUGACAAGAUCUAAUCAAUUCGCUUCGCUCAGUCCUUUGAGGCAACUUUUUUUGUAAAAUCCGUAAGUUUAAUAAAAACUUUUACAAAAUAAAAGGACGCCCUUGAUCUGAAUUUUCCACUAUGGCGACAUAUUCCUGUCUCCUAUGCUUAUCCAUUCUGGACAAAGACGUCCGUCCUCCCCCAGCCGACAAAUUUUCAAUAAAGGCGCAAAUUGUCAGACUGUACGACCUGCUCGUCCCCCAACAUCGCACUUCCUCCCCCCAUCAAACCAUUAUUGCACAAAUCGAGGAUUCCGACGGAUUCAAACUGUGUCAGACUUGUUUCUUAUCGGCGAAAGAGAUUGAAAAGAUAAAGCAACAGUUAUCCCAACUGGAAGACGAGAUUGCCAGAAAAUUGGAAGGAUUGAGGAAAACGGUGUCAAAUUCUUUCCUAAAAGAUGAAAAGAUUGGGGAGAGCUUGCAAAAAAUUCGAAAAUCGUUACUUUCCUCUACAGACCAAGAAACUGACCAGAUUCUCCCCGACUUUAAAGUCAAACAAGAACCGGAAGAUGAUUCCUUUUUAAUUAACAAUUAUGACGAACAAUUCCUCCCAAUUCAGGAUGAUAUUCCCUGUCCAUCCCCAACCCCCUCUAAUCAAUCAGAUGAUAAGGACGACCCACUUUUCCGUUUAGAUGAAGCUGGCAACAUAAGCGACUCAGCAGACGAUGAUGAUUCCACCAGCAGUGAGGGCGAGAGCGACGAGUCUGAUUUCUAUAUAACACCAGAUAACGCUAAAAAAGCCAAAAAUAAAUCCUCUAGAAAACAACCAACCAAAAGUACAGUCAAAUCCGACCCUGACGACAAAUCGUCUCCCCCUCCGAAAAAGAAACGUAUCAGAAUCAGAAAAUAUGUCCCCAAACCCAAGAAAUUUAACGAAUCCAGCUACAAAUUCUCUUGUGGAGCGUGCCUUUCCAAAUUUCGACGGGAGAAACACCUCCGCAUCCAUUUGCGCCAAGAACACCCAGGUUUUUGCCAAUUCCAGUGUCAAAUCUGCCAAAACAAGUACGAAACUCAGGGGCUUUUGGACGCCCACAUGAUCGUGCGACACGAAACUGAGGAGAAAUCUUUUUUCUGUACGAAACCCGAAUGUCGGAAGGGUUUCACACUGGAGGUCAACUUUGUGAGUCACAUGGAGCGACAUAAGCUCGAAAAAAGCAAACCCAUCGUGUGUACCAUUUGUGACGCCAGAUUUGCAAAUCAGACGUACUUAGAAAAACAUAAUCCGGUGCAUAUGACGUGGAUUUGUAAUUUUUGCGGGAUUACGCUCGCAGCAAAAAAAUCGUGGCAAAGACACGUGCGUACCCACACGGGCGAAAAACCGGUGAAAUGUGACCAAUGCGAGGAGUCAUUUAUCGACAAAGCUACCAAAAACGAGCACAUGAUUCGCCACCACACUUCCGAACAGCACAACUGCUCCGUUUGUGGGAAGGGAUUUCCGCUCAAGAGAUCGUUAGUCCUCCACGUUCGGAAGGUGCACGAAAACCAGAAAAGCUACGAAUGUUCCACAUGUGGGGAAAAAUUUAAAACGGGGGCAUCUCUAAAAGCACACAACAUCCGUGACCACAAUGCCGAGCCGAUAGUUUGUGACGAGUGCGGUGCCACUUUUACGGGACUAAGUGGACUCAGAAUGCACAAAAUUGUUCACAGCGGGAUAAGAAAGCACGAAUGUCAUAUUUGUGGGACCCGAUUUUUUAACGGUAAAGGCUUAAAAACCCACCUAACAUCCCACUCGGACGUUAGAAACCAUAUCUGCCACACUUGCGGGGCAGGAUUCAAGACUAAAAUUAAUUUAGAUCGUCACCUAACCAAAGUGCAUAAACUAACAUUGGAGAAAAUGCGAACCGUUGGAGGACUAAAAAGACCGAGGGCAAAGACAAAUCAAACCGGACGUCGUAAGGUUAUGCCGACCGAGAACGAAAUGAUGAAUGUUGCUAGAUCGAGCAAUUUCAAUUUUACAAUGUUAUAAAUUAAGCACAUGUUUAUCCUAAAAUUAUGUAAAUGAGUAAGUAGUAUGUAUUUAGUAGCCGUUAGUAAUAGGUGUACAUAUGUAUGUACUUCACUUUAUGUAUUCUAAUUUUUUCAAGCAAAUCCGUGAAAUUCCAGCCACGGAGUUUUAUACGUAAAUAGUUUUUUUGCUAAUAAACUAGACGAAUUUAAUUAGA